ACGCUUCCAGGAGACCGCAGCAGUGAUGAAGACACGCUCUCUCAUGGUGGUGCAACUGCUGGUGGCUUACUGCGCAAAGCUGCUGGCGCAGGAGGACCGCGGCUCUCACAGAAUAGGGAACCGGGAAAAGUGGGAGAGGGACGUGAGAUCUGCUGCCAGUCUGGAGGAGCUGCUGAUGCUCACGGACUUCCCGGACUGGAAGCUGUGGAAGUGCCGACUGAAGCUGAAGGACCUGGAGUCACCUUCACACCCAGAGUACCGCUCCUCCUCCUCCUCCUCCUCCUCCUCCUCCACCUCGUCCUCCUUCUCCUCCUCUGCUGGAUCACACCGCUCCACACGCUAUGCCGCUGCCUCUUACAGCCUGGAGAUCCUCAAAGCCAUUGACGACGAGUGGCAGAAGACCCAGUGUAUGCCCAGGGAGAUGUGCGUGGACGUUGCCAAGGAGCUGGGCACUAACACGGGCAUGUUCUUCAAGCCGCCCUGUGUCGCUGUGUUUCGGUGCAACGGCUGCUGCAACAAGGAGGGGGUCACGUGCAGAAAUACAAGUACUACCUAUGUUAAUAAAACACUUCUGACCGUGAUACCCUUUAAGCACGGGCCAGAACCUGUUCUGAUAAAGGUGGCCAACCACACAGAGUGUAAAUGCAUGGAACCACCCCUGAUCAGGAGACAUACCCGCCCUCAAAGGAGAAAAGGGUGCUCCCCUGUGCUCUGGGUCCCAGGGUCUGAGGAUUCUCGGCGACUGUGUGCCAGUGGGCUGAUCUGGGACUGUAUGGCGGAUAGAUGUGUUCCAUAUCCUUCCGUUAAACAAGACUUUUCAUACCCUAAGAUGUCAGAUUGUGAGAUUGAUGUUGACCACUGUGAAUGCAUUCCCAAAAACAACACCAGAGGCUCUAUCCCUGUCACCUAAACUCCUCUGUCUGAUCCAUAAAAGGUGCAAGGGACUACACAAAAUCCUAAACCUGGACAUUCCACAAGGAAGCAGAGGAUAACUUUUUAUUUAUUUACCUCUAUUUAUAUCACACAAUAUAUGUUCCGAUUAACCCUUCUCCCCAUCAUUUUGACAUUAAAAAUACAAUGACCAUGUUAAGUGUUAUAACUUGUAUAACUCUUGCUUGUGUUGUUACAUAAUGAAUUGUCUACUGUGCACUGAGUAAAAUGUUUUUUAUAUAAUUUAUACAACUCUCUUCAUUAAUGACAAAUAUUUAAAAGUAUGUAAAUGAAAACAAUUAAAUUUUUACAUUUGUCUGCUGCUUUAUCUGCUAUUUCCCUCUUAAAUGGAAUUAAAGUUAAAAAAUCUAAAAGAAAGUA